GGCACCGGCACCGGGAGCGGCACCGGGGCGGGGGAAGGAAGGACCAAAGCCGGGCAUGGCACGGCCUCCGCCGCCCUCCUGAGCGGGGUGAUCGGCGCUGAACCCCCGGCACGGAGCCCCCGGGCUCGGCAUCGCCCGGGUGAUGGAGAACCUCACAACUCCUCCAGCCUGGACCAGGGUCAUCAACAGCUCCUUGGACCCAGGUGGCACAGAUGACAACCCCUACAAGUGCGUGUUUGACGAGGACUUCAAAUACGUCCUGCUGCCCGUCUCCUACGGCAUCGUGUGCGUGGUGGGGCUCUUUCUCAACCUGCUGGCCCUCUACUCCUUCAUCUUCAGGAUCAAGACCUGGAACGCCUCCACCACCUACAUGUUCAACCUGGCCAUAAGCGACACGCUCUACGUGGUGUCCCUGCCCCUGCUGGUGUACUACUACGCCAUGGGGGACAACUGGCCCUUCAGCGUGGGGCUGUGCAAGAUCGUGCGCUUCCUGUUCUACACCAACCUCUACUGCAGCAUCCUCUUCCUGCUCUGCAUCAGCGUCCAUCGCUUCCUGGGCAUCUGCUUCCCGCUGAAGUCGCUGCAGUGGGGCCACGUGCGCCACGCGCGCAGGGUGUCGCUGCUGGUGUGGCUGGUGACCGUGGUGUGCCAGUCCCCCGUGCUCUUCUUCGUCACCACCAGCGUCAAGGGCGACGCCAUCACCUGCCACGACACGUCCAGCAAGGACCUCUUCGGCCAGUUUGUCAUUUACAGCUCGGUCAUGCUGGUGCUGCUCUUCUGCAUCCCUUUCCUCAUCAUCAUCGUCUGCUACUGCCUGAUGGCCCGGCGGCUGCUCCAGCCCACCCGGGGCAUUUCCCGCCUCUCCCGCUCCAAAAAGAAGUCGGUGAAGAUGAUCAUCAUCGUCCUGGUGGUCUUCAUUGUUUGUUUUCUUCCUUUCCAUGUCACUCGUACCUUGUACUACUCCUUCCGGAGCUGGGACCUGAGCUGCCAGACCCUCAAUGCCAUCAAUUUGGCCUACAAGGUGACUCGUCCCCUCGCCAGCACCAACAGCUGCUUGGAUCCCAUUUUGUAUUUCUUAGCAGGGCAGCGAUUCAUGAAGUUUGCGGGCAGCAAAGUGCCGUGGAAGCCUCAGAAUGAGGUGGCGCUGGGCAUCGUGCCCAACAGUCACCUGGGAACCAGCAGCGACACGGACACGCUCUCCAAGGAUCUGAAAUCCUAGCUCUGCUCCGCAGCAGAAGGGUUUAUCCUGGGUGUGAAGCGGGGACAGGCUGCUCUGGGGCCCGAGGCUUUGGGUGUUUGGGGUGCCCGGGCCUGCACCCGCUCCAGCGUGGUCUGUGUCGAACGCGCUCCUCUGCUUGUUUUGCUGUAUCUUUUUCAGGAAGAUGCAGCUGUGGUUGCACGCUGAUCUCUGGCUCUGCAUCCCAGCCUGCCCCUCUGAUCAACGCUGAGGUGACCAAAUCCGGGGGGAAAAAAAUCGUGCCCUGAGUGCCUUGAGUCACUUUCCAAAGCGAGAACGCCGUGUGCAAAAGGUGCCCCUGAAGAAUUCCGUCUGCAGAUUGCCUGGCACAGGGAGAGCCGGAGUUCCUCUGUGCCUUGGCAAGGCAGGAAGGGCUUUGGGUGGAUGAGGAGAGUCAGCUGCAGUUCUGCUGAGCAGCUUGAUGCAAAUGUCAAGGACAAGUAUCACCCACAGCGGGAAAGGGUCUCCCACAGCUUUGCAUCCCUGCAGAAAUGCUCUCCCAGCUUCAAGCUGGCAGAGCAGGGAUGGGAUUCCCAGCUCCUGUACAAGGGCUGCCUUCCCAUUAACCUGAUGGACAUUCCAUCCCACUGGAGUGCACUGCUAGCAGCCCACUGGAGUUUACUGGUACCAUCGAGCAGGUCCCCUGUAGGUUUCUCCAGUGGGGCCAACAUCUUCCAAAAAACCCAUUAGUGCUUCCCAACAGCAGCAGUCACCCUUUAAAAAGCUUUUAGGAACCUGCAGCUUCCAGCUGCUGGCUUUAAUAAUCAUCUCCAGCUCAUUAAAAUUUAAGGUGAGCUCUUCAUGUCUUUUUUUUUUUAACCCCCUUCCUGGUGACUCAUGUUUCCAGGCCAGCAGCAAAGACCAGUGUUCAUCCCCUUGGCUGAGUGCUGCCACGUCCCCAUUGCUGUCCCUCAGAGGUGACAAAAUUUGCCAGCGCUAAACCCCGAGUUGAGGAGCUGCAAGUGACGCUGAGCUUCGCCCCAUUCUGCCUGGAUUUGUAAAAAAUGUCCACAAAGCAUUUCACUAGAAGGAGCUCCUGGUGUUUUUCCCUGUAAUUGUUGGGUUGGAGAGCCCAGAGCCCAGGUCCGUGGUUUCCCUGCCAGGAGGAUGCUGAUUCCUCCCCUAAAAAAUGAAAAUUGCUUGAGCUGCAGCACUGGACGAGUCACAUUUUGUAAAAGCUGUUUCAGGACUAGGCAAACACAUUUGAUGUUGGCUUAGGCCAAGACCUCGGACCACUCCUUAGUUUCUCCCAUCCUUCCUUCUUGUGAAGUUUGGUGGAGACAAAGCCAUGCCGUGAUGUCACCUGUGUGUUCAGUCACGGGUGACUGCGACCAUUCAGGGCUAACUGGGAGGUUCCUGUGGUCCCACCCCCAAUGGGGGGCUCUUGUCCCAACCAACAGUGUCACAACCACAGGAGGCAAAGGCACAUCUGUAGGGUGGUUCAUGCCACCCUCGAGCGUGUUUGGGAUAGGAUUGGGUUAAGAACAGACUGCACCGUGGCAGAACCCUUUAUCCCUUUGUUCUUGUGAAGGGAGGGUCAUGUGCUUGAUGGUGAGGGUCAUGGCACAGUCACUGGGGCGAGACAAAUAACUGGGAAAAAUGAAUUCAGCCAGGGCACUGAGCUGGUACAAACAUCACUCCAGGCCUUGCCUGCUCUCCCACACUUGCCAAAAAAGCAGCGUGGACACGUUACGUGCUCUGAAUAAUUCAACAAAAACAUACCCAAAGUUUCCUCCUCUGGUCCUGCUUGGAAAUCCCACCUCCCCCUGAGCUGGCCUCGAGCCACCUCCCUGGGCAGCACUGCCAGUGCCAUCAGGGGUGUCCCUCUGUGAUCCUCAUCCCCAGGUGAUCCCACUGGCCAGAUGCAGAGCGGUUGGAGAGGCAGCAGCUGGAAAUCUAGCUCUAGACUUUUGUUUUUGUUUUUGUUUGUAAAAGCACUAACUUAUACUGGAGAGAAAAAAAAAAAAAAGGUGAGUUUUAUGACAGUGACUGUACAUUUUUAUUUUUGUAACAUGCGAACACCUCGGGUUUCCGAUAGUAAAUGAGUUUAUUUCUACUACAAGCACUUCUCUGCUGUCUCUUCUGGUCUGUAAAAAGAUGGGUAUUGGGGGUUGAAUUUCCAUGUUGAAUGCCAUGGAAAUAUUUUAAGCUCAAGGUACAGCUGUCCACUCCUCUGUGAACCUUGAUCUCCAUCUAAUUCAAUGAAUUCAAUCUCCACUCUUGAUUCAAGAUUUUCAUGGAGCUGGUGCCACCAGUUCUGGCAAAACCCAGGUGCAGAGACAGCUCUGUGGUCAUGGCAGGGCUUCACAGUGGACAAAGCCUCUUGGAGUGUGGCAAAUUCAAUAGCCAACCUUUUUGGUUGUGCCUCCAUGGUCUUGGUACAUUCUCUUAGGCUGCUCUUGUUGAAGACUAGAAUGAAUUGUUGGAUUAAGUAACUAAUUAACAAAUCUCAAAAUAAUUAGUCUCCCAUCCCAUAGAACUUAUUUUGUGUUUCUCAUUCUCUCAGCCACUCAGAAGCCACCAAACCAAGAUGUUGGAAACCUCUGGUUCUCAGAGGC